AUGCUCGAGAAGGCCGAAACGCUGCAUCCGACCGAGGAGGUGGCCUUGUACUUGGAGGAUUCCCAGGUUGCCAUCGACUCGGAAGCCAAAAAGAGGCUUGUGAGGACACUGGAUUUGCACAUCAUCCCCAUCGCGACACUCCUUUACCUAUUAGGCUUCCUGGAUAGAGUCAACAUCGGCAACGCACGCCUCUACGACCUCGAGGAAGACCUCGGGUCGGUGGGCAACCAGUUGCAGAUCCUGGUUUCGAUACUCUUCGUGACGCACUUCACGCUCGAGCUGCCGUCGAACUGGGUCAUAAAGAAGAUCCGCCCGUCGCGAUGGAUCGCGUUCACUACCACGAGCUGGGGCAUCAUCGCCACGCCCUCCGGCAUCACCCGGAACUUCGGGGGCAUGCUCGCCUGCCGUCCCCUGCUGGGAGCCUUCGAGGGUGGCCUGUUCCUGGGGCUGGCCACGCACCUCACCUUCUUUUACACUAAGCGGGAUAUGGCGCUGCACAUCGCGUACGGGAAGCGCUCGGUGACAAUCGCCAUGCAAGCUAUGAUAGGCAACAGUGCCGGCAUCACGGCCAGUUUCCUAUACCCUUCCGCCGAGGGCCCCUGUUACGUCAAGGGUCACAUCAUCGCCACGUCCAUGGCGGCCUUUGGUGUGCUCCCAUUCGACUUCAUGUGGCUCUUCUACGAGUGGUCGAACAAGAGAAGGACAGGAGAAAAGGAAGACGGUAAAAUCCAAGACACGUCGGACUCUAAAGUCAAGAAAUUAGGCAGCAAGAGCCCUCGAUCUGUCUACGUGACCUAGAAGCAUCUCGGCCAAGGCAAUACGAUUUCAUAUAUACCAUACCUAAUCGAUAAAAGUCCGCCCUGCCCUAUUCAUUUCCAGGACCCGAAGAGCCCCUUUCCCAGUGAAGCAGCACAAUUGUGUUAAUAUCUAUCGGGAGUCGACAAGUAGGAGAUCGCAUAGGGAGGCUCCGAUCCUGUGACGGCAAGAACAGGCGGAUCAGUACGGGGCGAUUUAAAUAAAUAUAUCGC